UUCGUAGUCAUCAUGGCCCCCGCCAGUUUUCUCCUCCAAAGGCUAAAAAAUCUUCCAGAAUCCUCAGAGGAUAUUGAUUCUCUUGUCCAUGACAUUACCCCAGAAGUGUGUGGGAGGGAAUUAACACUGCAUGAAGUGGUGGAAGCCCUGGGUUCCAGCCUGACCCAUGAGAGGCCACGUGAGCGAGAGGUGGGCACUCAGUUUCUGGCUGGUGUUCUGGGGGAGCUCCCACCUGCCUACCUCAAUCCAGCUGAAGCUUCCUUCAUGACAGCCUUCCUGGUGGAUCGUCUGCAGGACCACCACACAGUUCAGCCUGCAGUGUUUCUCAGCUGCUUGGCCCUGGUGAAGCAGGAAAAGCUGGGCGAUGGUGAGAUGCAGAGCCUGGUGGAGGGCAUCUUCAGGGAAGUGCAAGUACAAUCCCACACUGUGUCUGACCGAAGGACUGUGUACUCCUUCCUCAAAUACUGCCUUUGUAAUAGACCAAAUGUACUCAAGGAACUGGGCCUUUCCUUGUUGCCUGGUCUGGUUGCUGCCGUAGAAGGAGAGGGCGACCCACGUAACUUGCUGGUGGUGUUUUCCCUGGUCACAGCACUGAUACAGAGUGGCCUAGCACUUGAGCCGUUUGUGGAGGAACUGUUUGAGGUGGUGGCAGCAUACUUCCCUAUUGAGUUUGUUCCACCUCGAGGUGAUCCUUAUGCCAUUCAAGUGGAGGACCUUGUGUUGGGGCUGCGUGGGGUACUGGCCUCCACACCGCUGUUUGCCCCAUUCUGUUUGCCUCUGCUACAGGAGAAACUUGACUCAGAUCUCACCUCUGCCAAGUUGGAUUCCCUCCACACCCUGGUGGCCUGCUGUGAAGUGUACAGUGCUGAGGCCAUCCACCCCCACAUACGUUCCCUCUGGGACAGCCUGUGCCGGGAGGUCAUGGAGGGAGCAAACAAGGAUGUAGAAGAAGCUGCCCUUUCUGCCCUCACUGCUGUGGUUCGUGUCCUGGAGGUGGAAUCACCACUGCUGCCUCCCAGGCUGCUGCUGCCACACUCAUCGAAGCUGCCAUUGCUGCUUCAAUGUGAGUGUCACCUGAGAACACCUGAACAAAGACUCAUGUGGCCAAGUACCCGUUUGUUGGUGGCCCUGGUGGUGGCUGCCCCGGGGCCUGCAGCUACUAUCACUGGCAAGGUGGUGCCACAGUUGGCCAGCCAGUGUUUGAAGAAGGAUGGUACAGCACUUGCCCAUCAAAACACAAUAUCAUCCCUGGCCAUGGUGCUUGAGGCAGCUACUAAGCAUCCCCACUUGUUGCUUGAGAAUGGCCAUCUGAGUCAGCUGGCAGGACCAGUAUGGGAAGCCUUCCACCAUGGCCUCUCCUGUGAUGAGGGGUCACAGAUACAGACUGCCACCCUUGCCUCCCUGCCUCCCAUCCUCCCUGCCUUGCCCUCCUCUCACCUCCAGCAGGCUGCACAGGAGCUCACUGCCCUUCUCUUGGAUCCAUCCUCCUCUCCCUCUCUUAGGGAGGGCAUCAAGAAGUGCCUGGUGAGGUUGGGACAGCAUAACCCUGAGGUCAUUCUCAAGCACACCUGCCACCUUUGGACCAAGGCUUCCUCAGGAAAGAGUGAGGUGCAGGUGCUAGAGAGUUUGGCCUUCCUUGCUAGCAGUAAGGCUGUGUUAGCACCAGUGUUGACAGCAAUGUGGGGUUGUGCUCAGACACUGCUGACUGAUGGAUCUCUGGAAUGCUUCCAUUGCUACCUGUCCACUAUUGCCAAGAUGGUGGAAAAUAACCUGACGGACAAUGAGAGUCAACAGUUCCUGCUAGAGGAGUGGAGAGGCACCCAGCAAAUCUUGACCAUUUUCACCAGGCUGAUCCAGCACUGCCACCCACCCCAUACACCUGCUCUUCUGUCCCUUGCUUCCAUACUGCGUAGCCUUGUUGCUUCAGAAAGUACACCUCAGCCUCUUGUGCAGCAUCUAGUUACCCUGGCUGUGCACGGAGCUGAGGAGAACAGUGGAGGGGCUGACACAUUACUCCUCCCUGACUCAACCCCAGAGAUGAAAAAACUUCUUACUGCACCACUGGAUUAUACUGAUCCCAGUGGAUCCAACAUGUUGUAUGCCCUGGAGGGAGUAAUAGCAGGUGCCCAAAGUCUGUCUGAAGAGUCAACAUGUGUGCUGCAGCUGCUGAGGAAAACCAGAGUUUUUAGUGCUUCCACUGGUGAUGCAGAGCUGAGGGAGGUGGCGGCACUCUUGCAUGCUGCAGCUAUCAACAAGCUGCAGGAAGGUGCACAGUUGUCACAGGCAGAAGAGGAAGCAAGGACAGAUGUGGAGGCUGCCUUGGACCCAGCACAGCCCAAGGAGAAGCGCUUGGCUGCCCUUCUUGUCACAACCUGGACCUGCAAGGCUCUGGUGGUCUGUGGGUCUAACCUGCAACAGUGGUGGACCAAAAAGCUGCUGGACCUGCUGGAGGACCCUGAACUUGGUGUGGCCACAGCUCACAGCUUUGAAACCAUUGUCAAGGAACACCCUUAUGCUCUGAGUCCUGCCUACCAUGCACGCACCAGGCUGCUGCACAGACAGAGGUUCUUUGAGGGAGUAGUGCAUCCUAUUGUGGAUACUUUCUCUACCUCCAAGGGAUCAUUGAAAACCUGCUGCCAGGUGGCUCUUUGUUCUCUCAUGCCUCACCUCCCACAAGCCAUCCUUGCCCCACAUGUCAAUAAGGUGCUGCCUGUGGUGCUGCAGGGAGUGACAAAGAAUGAGGGGCGGGUGGUAGUGGAGAGUGUUGUGGAGACCCUGGCUUCUCUCCUUCAACAUUCUCCUGCACCAGCAACUCAACACCUCUCCUUCCUCCUUCCUGCUCUCCUGUCCCUCACUACCAAUCAGCCAAUGACAGUGCGAACAAAAGCCUUGGAGUGUCUGGAUGCACUGGCCACCCUACCAACAACCUCACUCCUGCCUUACCGAGAUGAUGUGCUGCAAGGGUUGAAAGCUGCCUUGGAUGACCACAAGAGGGUUGUGCGGCACGCAGCUGCCAGCACCCGCACUGUGUGGAUCAUGGUGGGUGCUCCAGGAGGUUCUUAGCACUGAACAUCUUUAGGAAUUCCACUUAUUAAAGAGGUCUCAGUAAGGAUUAAUUUAACCUUGAAUUAUUUCAAAGUAUUUGAUACCCAAAUGUGUGAUAUAUGAGGGUGAGUCAAAAGGUCCUGGAAAAAUUAUUGUUGCAGUAAAAUAAUGUUGAGCAAGUUCCUGAGGUUCCAUGGGCCAGAGAGACAAGUUUCCUGAGUUGCUAGCUCGGCCCUAGAUGCUUUGACAUCUUGUCAAGAAACACUUUUAGAAUCAGAGUUGAUGAUGGGAUGGAAAAUAGGAAAAAUCAUCACAGCAUUUUAGUAAGUCUUUAGAGAUUCUAUUCUGUUUAUAACAGUUGCACUCCAUCAGAUGAAACACUGUAAAGUGUAAGAAUUGAGAUCAGAGAUAACUCAGGAGAAGAAAGGCCAACAAAAUAAAGCUGACUUGUGUGAAAUCAUAUAUGUAAUGAAAGUUUAUGCUUUCACUAGUGAAAUUAACAUAUAAUUAUGGUCCAGCAUUUACCAUUCAUAUUGAAAUUUUAAGUAAGCCCACAGCUUACUGAAUCCCUAAGAUGUGCAGGGAUUAGCUCCAUCAAAGAGUUGACUUUUGUCUAGUUAAGCAGGCAGGUUAUUUUUUUUCAAUGAAUUCUGACUGGAGAUAAAAACCUGAAUAUUUCAGUGUAAUCCAGAAAGUAAAAUUUAUUAUAAACAAUGGUUACCAAAUGGACCAAAAAAGUUCAAAGUGGGGAAGUCAGCUCUGAAAAUUGUGCUAGUGGAUUUGUGGGAGUUAGAAGGAAUCAUUCCUGUUAUUUUUUUACUGAUGGAAGAAAGCAAUCAUAGGAAACUGCCAUGAAGGUGUGUCAUGGGAGUUAAUGAGUGCACUGAUAAAGAAAAAAUUGGGGGGAGAAUUUGGUUACUUGACAAUUUCCCUGGAAAACUCAUCAUCCCACGUACAGUCCUCGUGAUUUACUACAAUAGCUUCUUCAGGCUUGAGACUUUGGGUAAUGCACAACACAAUGUGUUGACACAUUGCAAAGGAAAGGCCCAACAGUUCCAUAAAGAAGUUCUUACAGAUUGAAUUACUGCCUUCAGAGUUCAUUGAGUGGGGUGGAGGAUAUGUAGAAAAGCAAUUCUUUUUAUCUAGUUAAUAAAACCAUAUUUCAAUAUUUCUUGAAACUUUUUGACUCACCCUUGUAUAGUUAGUCACAUAACAUUUGAAAUUGCUAUGAUCAUGGAAAUUUUGGUAGAGCACCAAAAAUAAUAAUAUAACAAAGGUAUUGUAAUGCAGCUUUUAACAUGGUGUAUAUAUUGCAGCAGCUGUACCUGAGAUAAUGAACCAAGGAGUGGUGGGAAUCUUGCUUUCAUUCCAGUUUAGAAGCUGCAUACCAGCCUUACAUUACUGAAAUUAUGAAUGCAUUUCCUGAAUAACCAUAAACAUUUUUUUUUUUUUUUUGCUUGUUUUUUUACUGAUUUGUUAAUUGUUGGCAUUUGAUUAUUAAUUGACCUUAAUAUGUGUAUGAUUCACUUACUCUUGAUAAAGAAAUGGGCUGCAAUCCUGAAUUAUAUAUAAGAAAGAAAAUGUAUUAUAGUGGUUUUAGAUACUGUUGUUGGGUGUGCAAUAGAUUUUACUUUAUAAUGCUA